AUGGAAGAUCUAGAAGUCCUUAAAGCGCUUAAGAAUGCUUGGGUCAGCCUAGUCAAGGGACCGGGCUUGAACUCAGCUAAGGAAACGUCGACUGAGAUGGAAUGUUUUCCAUUCCCCAUGCGCGAUUCUGGUCUCGUAUACGCUUCAAAUUUCCCUGAGCCGGCAACCCAAGUGACAUCCUUGACUGCACUACCGGAGCAAAAGCUUAAAGAGCCAAGGCCUGACGGCCUUGACUAUGUUCUAGAAGGACGGGAAGCAGCCCAUGCUGAGGAUUCAAGAGCUGCUGCAGGUCCCUUGGCUUUGUCUGGUCCGAAUUCCGCGGGAAUUGUCGAGCAUGUCGAUACCGCUAAGGGAAUGGCUGCAGCACAAGAUUUUGCGUGCAUGCAUCAUGAGCCCGUUGUCGCAGAGUUAUUGCCUGUAACCGCUCAGAACUCAGAGACUGGAUGCACCGUUGUCAAGCCUGAAUCAACGGAGGCAGAAAUGAUAGCUUGCAUCGCACCGAAGUCCUUCACUGGACUUGAAACCUGUUUUCUGGUUAACUUCUUGACUGCUCAAGAGAAGCCUGUUGUCCACGCCGAAGUCACUGAAGUCAUACACCCGCCAGAAGGCUGUGAACACUCCAGCGGGAGCCAUGAGGAUUCCUUUUGCCGAUCCCAAGAGCUUAGCUCCAACAGUUAUGACAAUCGUGUCAGGAAUUCAGAUCUGGAGUUCCCUCCAAGCCAGCCGCGAUGGUUAGGACCGCAUAUGGUAGACAAGAGACUUCGCAGCGGCGCCCUUGUGUUGCAAGAAUUAGAUGGCGAAGAGCCAAUAAUCCGAGAACCCGUUAAGUCUAGGCACCCGAUGCCACCCAAGCCCUGGGAGCUCAAGGGCAAGAAGCUAGCUGAGUAUUGGCAAAAGAAAUACGAGCGCGUGCAUGCCAGAGCCGAGAGUCCAAACCUGAGGCUCCCUCCAAGCCAACGCGGAUAUGAACUCGAGAGGUUCAUUGACACACGAUUUCAGGAUUUCCGCCAUGCCACUCAGCUUAAGGAAGACAGUGACCUGAAGACUUUCCCCCCCUGGCCCCCCUGACCUGUUUUAUUGGUUAUCCCGGGGCAGGAAGGGCUCUUAUAUUCUUCAAAAUUCUUAUUCCACGCGAAGUGAUCCUGAGCAUAAGUUAGAA